AUGGAUGUCUAUGAAAUUAAUUUGAAGAGGGAUUUAUAUGUAAUAGAAAUGGAUCUAAUGGAUAGCUCAUUCCCUAACAAAGAUGAACAGCAUGUUGGUGGGAAAGGGGAUAUCUGCAACCAUCCUGUGCUUCAAUCAGACCCUCCAAAGAUUGAUAUUUUCAUUGCUGGUUUCGGCUCAUUGACUAUUGAUAUUAAGAACUGGGAAGCCAGACCUGCUCAUAGGUUAAUACCUCAUCGACCUUCUCCUAAAAUUUCCUCUAUCCCUGAACACAUCCAGAAACGUAUUCUGCCCUUUUACGUAACCCUGGAACAGCUUCAGUCUGUGAAGAAGUUAAUGGUGGCAGCCUUGGAAAAGGGCCUCAAAGAGAAGGACAAAGCAACCAGUUACUUACCUAUGUUGCCAACUUAUGUUUCUGCUUUGCCCGAUGGUAGUGAGAGAGGGGAUUUUCUGGGACUAGAGUUGACUUUUGAUCAGGUGAAAGUCUUGCUGUUACAACUGACGGAUAAUGUUGAUGAACCAAUGGUGGUGAAAAAAAAGACUUUCUCAUUUCCUGAGAAGAUCUUGAGUGGCAAUGGACAACAGGUUUUUGAAUUCAUGGCUCAAUGCCUGAGCACAUUUUUGGGUGGACUUAAUUUAAGCAAGAAAUAUUUCCCACUGGGUUUCUCCUUCCCCUUCUCUUGUGAUCAUAUUGCACUGAACCAGUGUAAACUGAUCAGAUGGACAAAGGAUUUCCGAUGGCCAGGUGUGGAGGGGAAAGAUGUGACCAAAUUGCUCCAAACAGCUAUCAACGAGGUUUGCAAGAAUUACCAAAUAGAAGUCCUUGCUGUUGUGAAUGAUGCUGUGGGAGAUUUGAUGAGCUGUUCUUCUAAUGUCAGGCCAUGUCAAAUGGGAGUAAUGAUAGAUGCUGGCACUAACUGUUGUUAUAUGGAAGAUACACAGUGCAUACCAGGAAACGUGCAGGAAACUAGGGGAUACAUGUGCAUAAAUACAGAAUGGGGGAGUUUUGGGAAUAAUGGAGAAUUGAAUGGGAUGCUAACAGAGUUUGACACGUUGGUAGAUAAAGAAUCCAUGGAUCAAGGAAAAUGCAGGUUUGAGAAGAUGACCAGUUCCUAUUAUGUUCGUGAGACGGUCCGAAUUAUUUUGGCUAAUCUGUCUGAGAAUGCUGAAUUAUUCAGUGGUGUUCUGACUCCCACAUUAUUAAUCAAGGGGAAACUGGCACUGCAAGACAUUGUGGAGGUCACAGAUGAUAAAGUGGGUCUUGCCAAAACCAAAAAUUUCCUUUGUCGUCUUGGACUAGUAGCAAGCAAUCAAGAUUGUUUCCAUGUGCAAGAAAUAUGCCAAGCUGUAUACACCCGUUCUGCCAAACUCUGUGCUGCUGGAGUGGCUGGCGUUCUCACACAUAUUCAUAAACAGCAGCAGCUCCCAGAGAUGAAGACCUGUGUAGUUAUGAGUGGGGACAUGUACAAGAGCCAUUCAGUGUACAGUGAGAUGCUACAGCAAACCCUGAAAGAGCUGGUUCCCGAGUAUUCUCUCACAUUCAUCCCAUCAGAUGAUGGCAGUACCUUAGGGGCUGCCAUAGUGACAGCUGUAGAAGUGAAGCUUAGAAACCACCGAGAGGGACUGGCUCACGUUCUGGCUCCUUUAAAGCUUUCAAUUGUAGAUCUUGAAAGAUUACGGAAUGGGAUCAGACAAGAGAUGGAGAACGGCCUGUCGAAGGCAGCCAGCAAGAAAAGCUGUCUACACAUGUUGCCCACUUUCGUCUGUUAUUUGCCUGAUGGCUCUGAGAGAGGGGAUUUCCUGGCACUGGAUCUCGGUGGAACCAAUUUCCGAGUGUUGAUGGUACAGGUGAAAAGCCAAGAGGAGGGUGGUGUGCACAUCAUCAAUGAGACUUAUACCAUUCCACCAGAAAUAACCCAAAGUACUGGGAUACAGCUUUUUGACCACAUUGUGAACUGUAUAGUGGAUUUUCAUAUUAAGCACGGGAUGUCUGAACAUAUUCUACCGCUCGGUUUCACUUUUUCCUUUCCAUGCAAUCAAAUAACCCUGGAUAAGGGCAUCUUGCUGAGAUGGACUAAGGGCUUCAGCGCCACUGACUGUGUAGGAGAAGAUGUUGUGAAUUUGUUGCGGGAUGCAGUACAGCGUCAGAAGACUAUUGAUGUAGAUGUGAUUGCCCUAGUGAAUGACACAGUGGGAACAAUGAUGUCAUGUGCCUACCUAGACCAUAAUUGUGAAGUUGGUCUUAUUGUUGGAACUGGAUGCAAUGCUUGCUAUAUGGAAGAAAUGAGGAAUGUGGGCUCAAUGGAGAGUAAUGAUGGCAGAAUGUGCAUCAAUAUGGAAUGGGGGGCAUUUGGAGAUGAUGGCUGUCUUGACCACUACAUAACACCUUAUGAUGACAUAGUGGAUAAAGAAUCUCUCAAUCCUAACCAACAAAGAUUUGAGAAGAUGAUUAGUGGCAUGUAUUUGGGUGAGAUAGUGCGUUAUGUUCUGUUGGAGUUAGCAUCUCGCAAGAUCCUUUUUAGGGAUCAUAAGUUAAAAGGACUUCAGAACAAAGGCAUCUUUCCUACUAAAUUGUUAUCUGACAUUGAGAAUGACAGCGAAAGCCGCCAACAUGUUUAUCACAUCCUGGAAGAGCUGGGGCUGCCUGUUUCUCCUGAGGACGCCAAAGUGGUGAAGGAAGUGUGUCAUACCGUGACUUCACGAGCUGCUAUGAUGUGUGCAGCUGGAGUGGCAGCUGUAGUAGAAAAGAUUCGAGAAAAUAAGCGCAUGACAAAGCUGGAGGUGACAGUUGGCGUGGAUGGGACAGUGUAUAAGAUGAACCCUUACUUUGCAAAAAAACUUCAGGAUACAGUAGCUCUGCUGGCUCCAAACUGCAAUGUCAAAUUCUUAUUGUCAGAGGAUGGCUCAGGAAAGGGAGCUGCGCUGAUUGCUGCUGUGGCCUGCCGUACAAAGAUCUCUUAA